AAAAAAAAAAAAAAAAGGAAAGAAUAUUCAAGAGAGUUCCUACCAAUGGUCUCUUUAGUAUUUCCAAAGUCAACAACAAUCCCUCAGUCUCGUGUUUCAUAACGCAAUCCAACACCGAAACUUCUAAGAAAUCGGGUCUGUGUUCUUGUGGGGAUAAGAUUUCUCCACACUUCUCUCUCGAUUUCUUGUUGAAGAAGAACAAGAAGAAGUGAAAUCAAUGGAUUCCUCUUCAGCUUCCUCCAUUGAUGGAUUCCCAGAUUUCCUCAAAGAUAAAGUCUCAACGGUUGACCCCUUUUUGAUCGAGGCCCUUCACAACCCUCGACACCGUCUAACCAUUCUGCGGAUGGAACUCGAUAUCCAGAGGUUUUUGCAAAACCAAGAGCAACAGGUGUUUGAGUUCCAACACUUUCCUACUUCGUAUCUUCGACUUGCAGCUCAUCGUGUUGCUCAACACUAUGGUCUGCAAACUACGGUUCAGGAUAAUGGCAUAGAUGGACAAGGGAGGAUUUUAGUGAGGAAAACUGUUGAAGCUAGAUUCCCGACUGUUUGCUUAUCUCAAAUACCUGCGAAACAAUCGGCUGAUGAUAAACCUGGGCGUGUUAAAAUUGCUAUCAGGCCGAGGCCGAAUAAGUCGUCUGAUGAUGCAGGUAAUUGUAUGGCUAAGCAAAGUCUUGGUAGGAGUGUGGAGCAGCGGAAGGAAGAGUAUGAUAAGGCACGUGCUCGAAUAUUCAGUAGCCAGGGUAGUACUGGUUCAGUGGAUGUAUUGUCCGAGGAGCUGGAUAUAUCCCCGAAUAGAGAUAGGGUGGAAGAGUGUAGAGUGAACAAUGUAGAGAAGUGUACAAGUGUCAAAGAUACCGGGAAUGGGGCUUCUUCUCGGGUUGCCAUUUUAAGAGAUAGGGAAAAGGAUCUUAGUGACCCGGAUUAUGAUCGGAGUUAUGAAAGGUAUGUUAAGAGCCUUCCAAUUAAUCUGACUCCGAGCAUGAAUUUUGCUCCUUUCACCAUGCAAAACGUCCCGCCUUCAUUUAGUGGUUAUCAUGUACCAAGGAACGAGUUUUCGUUGAGCUAUGUUUCUCCUUCAGUUAUCAAGACUGUAGGAUUGAAUCAAGUAUCUAGAUACUCAGCCAAUGCACCGUGGCCAUGUGCAGGGAUGCCUUACACGCAUACUGCUUUCCAGGCUCCAUUGUACAACCAGUCUUUGAGUUUUGAUUAUAUGCAAUACAAUUGAAUACAGCAGUUAGUUAGGGGAUAGUGUUAAGUAAAACUGAUUUACUCAGCUAAUUAUAUACUGACUUUGUUGGUUCCAGAACCUCCAAUCAUAAUCAAUUGUUUUAAAUUAAACUCUCUUAUUUAUACUUACUGUCUUUUCUAUAUUAA